UCAGGCGCCCGUAUGUAAGUGACGUGUCUCAAUCCCGGAAUUCAGCGCAGAAACUCUCCAGACGCGGACAGAUUCAGCAUAAACACUCAAUAAUCAACACUAUAAAUAUGGUGACAGACGUGCAGCUUGCCAUCUUUGCCAACAUGCUGGGCGUCUCGCUCUUCCUGCUGGUGGUCCUCUACCAUUAUGUGGCUGUCAAUAAUCCCAAGAAACUGGAGUGAGGGGGUGUGUGUGUGUGGAGCAGCGGAGGAUCAUCCAGAUGUACAUUUUGCCUUUUGUAUGAAAACGAUGUGAAUAAAAUGUCAGAGCGAGAGAGAGUCAUCUUCUGCCUGUCAAUAAUGCAG